GCGCACAGCGCCGGUGGCUCGAGUCCCGCGGCGGAACGGCCCGGACAUGCCGACGGAGCCGGGAGUGUCGCAGGUGGCCGCGGAGGGGAUCCCGCAGGCGGCCGCGGACAGCGAGGCCGAGGUCUUUGAGACUGUGUUGCCAGUCACUAUCUUUGUGCUGAGCGAUGAGGAUUUUCUCCAGGAUGUUGAUGCGGAUCAGGAAGUGUCCAUUCCCGAGGUGGAGCAGGAGUUUAAAUUAAACAACAGCCUUUGCCUAGAACAUGAAGUGGAGCCUUCAAACGGCAGUAGCAGUGUAGGCAAUUGGGAUGCAAACAAGAGUGUUUCAAAUGAAGAUAAUUGUGUUGAGUACUCUGAGGAUAAAUGGCUUGCUGAGAGUGUGUAUAACAAAACAAAGUUAUUUUUAAGUGAUGGGUAUGGUGCAGAUAUGGAUAAAUAUGGUCAAAAUUGCAUGUUACCUACAUCAUCUUGCAAAACAGAGCUUCCAGAGAUAAUAAAAUACAGCGAUGGAGAAGAUUGUGGCAAUGACGAUGGCUUUCAGAAGAUUCCUCCUCUCCUCUCCUCCACUGACAGUGACAGAGCUGACACUUUUGAGACAUUGGUAGUGGUACCCAAACAUGAAGAAGAACCUGUCAGUGUUGCAAGUGUUCUUUUUGAUGGCAGUCCACAGAAACAACCAGAUAUCUACAAGGAAUUUAAGAUAAUCGUUAAAAUGGAAGAUUCUGAUUCCUCAAAGGAUGAAGAUAAGGAAAUUGAGUACAGGAAAAUAAGCAAAUUUGAAGAUGAAACUCUAAGUUCUCUUUCGGAACAUGGCUUGAAAGAAGAAGAGAAAUGUAGCUAUAAUUUUUCUGAUCCAUUUCUUAAUGGCUGUUCUACUUUUAAGGAGGAUCUAGAAGAUGUAGAGAAACCUAACAUGAGUCCUUCCACUUCUGCUGAAUUAAAUACUGCUGGAGAGCAUAUUUACAAGAUGUUAACACCAUUCAGUAAGAAAAGAUACCAGCAACAAGAAGUUGUUUCUUCUCAUGCAAGCCCAAAAGAGUUCCAGAGCCAGCAGGAAGGUUUAACGUGGCUGAGUGGUAGUAUGACCAUCACACCUCUUCCUAAAACAUCUUGUUUUACAAAGGAGAAGGAACGAUCGAGUUUCAAGUGCAAGUUUUGUAGUUCUGUUUACAAAUGCAGUGCACACCUGAAGAAACAUAUUUAUUCAGCUCAUAAAGAUAAGAAAAUACAUAAAUGCUGCUUUUGUAAAAGAACUUUUUUCUUUUCUGUCAAUCUUAAGAAUCACCUUAAAUUUCAUAAGAUUGCUAUGUUGCAAAAGGCAAGGAAAAAUAGACUAAGUGUGAGAAAAGGGAGGCAGAAAGGAUCUGAAGAAAGAGAAUCUGAGACCAAGAAAAAAGAAAGUAAAUACAAUAAAUUUUUUAUUAAAAUUGAAAGGGACUUUACACCUCUGGAUGUGCCAGUUAGCUUUUCCUGCAGAAUUUGUUUCUUUGCUUCAUCAAAUCCUAGGAAUUUUAUUCAUCACAUGAAGGGACACAAGGAGAGACCACCUUACCAGUGCCCUCAGUGUGAUUACUCCUGCAGCAGCUUGUCCUACCUGUUAAAUCACAUGUACUGGCAUGCUGGCUAUAAGCUCUACCAGUGCAGGUUCUGCACCUUCUUCUCAUUGUAUUUUGCAAACAUGGUGAGGCACAGCCAAGUCCAUGCAGGGGAUAAACCAUAUUCCUGUGAGCUCUGCCAGGCAGCAUUCACCAGCACAUCAGGGUUGGAGAGACACAGGAGGAUCCAUGCAGGGACAGAAACGUGCCAAGCGCAGCAACCCAACUCUCUGAGUGGGAGAAAGAAAACUGAAAGACCUCCAAAGGAUUACACAUGUGAUGAAUGUAACCUGGUAUUCUACACUAAAGGACAUCUCAGCUUUCACAGGAAAUUUCAUGAGGAGUUAAAGGCUAAUGGUUGUAUGAGUCAGAGCAAUAAAUACUGUAAAAACAAAAUAUGCAAAGCUGAUGGUGAUUCUCAGGGCCGUGUUUCUCACUCUCUUUUUGGUAGAGAAAAUGAUUGUCCAUCUGGGGGAAUCCUGGCUUCUGAAGUGGAGUUCGAGCAAGCAUGUGAUGUGUGGGACAGUAAGAAAAUAUGCCCUGGAAAGAAAUUCCUUGAGAACAGCCAAGGAAACAACAGCCUCACUGUUACUGAAAAUAGAUCAGAAGUUCCUCGGGCCUCCUACCAAAUGGAUGGUGCCAAUUACAAAGAGGAGCCUUUCCUCCAAUCAGAGGCUUCUCACUCACAAGUGCAAGAUGAUUCUUCAUUUCGUAACUUCGUGGAAAACUUGAAGGAUACAUAUCCUUCUAAUUUAAAUACAUUCCAAAUGUACAGGUGCCAGCACUGCAGUUAUGCUACUGCUGUUCCUAACAACUUCAGGUUGCACCUAAAGAUACAUACGGAUGAAAGAUCAUUCGUGUGUAAAGAGUGCAAUGAGGUAUUUAAAACAUCAAGCCACUUGCAGAAACACAGCCUUCUCCAUGUGGAAAAUGGACAGGAGUUUGGAAGUUGCGUCUUUGUAGAGAGGUGUUUAGAGAAUCUUGAAUUGCAUCGUGAAAUCCACAGAGGCACAUAUCCAGAAAGGGAUUUUGAUUCCUGCAAAGCCUCAAACAGCUCCUUGCUUGGUUCAGAAGUCUGUGGAGUUCAGCAGGGUGUUCAGAGGGCCACAGCAAAUGAUGUCCAAGCACCAAAUAAGCCACUGUUGUAUCAGUGUGUAGAGUGCAGCUAUGCUACUGGCAUUUUAGGCAACCUGGAGCUCCACAUCAGGACUCACACAGGUGAGAGGCCCUACAGCUGCACCGUUUGUCAGAAGAAGUUCCGUACUUCCAGUCACCUGAACAGGCACAGGCUCACACAUUUGAACGUGGGGCAUUUCAAGUGCAGGAGCUGUGACUACUCAACCAGCAAAUGGCUGUCCUUGAAGCAGCACCUGGCUUCUCACACCGGGGAGGGAACCUCCACUCCUGGCUGCCACUGCGAGCACAAGGAGCUGCCUGUCAAGACAUACAGGUGUGAGGAGUGUGGCUAUUGCACAGCCCACAAUGGGAACCUGAAGCUCCACCUGAAGACCCACACAGGGGAGAAGCCGUUCCAGUGCAAGCAGUGCUCCCUGGCUUUCCGCACCUCCAGCCACCUCAAACGCCACAUGCUGACUCACCUCAAGCUGCACUGCAGGAGGUGCAGGUAUUCCACAAUGGAUAAACAGGCUUUCCAAAAGCACAUAACAAAGCACAAAAAGAAGUACAGGUGUGAAAAGUGUAAUGUGGUGCUGCCUAGCAAAAAGCUGCUGGAGAAGCAUACACAGCAUCACAAGCUUGGAAUGUGAGGUUGAGAAUUGGAAGUUGGUGCUUGGCUUUGGACAAGUUUGGAACGUCCUGCAUUUCUUCAUGGCUUUAUGUUCCUUUGCUGUGCCCAAAACAGUGGCUGGUAAUGGAUACAUCCAACAUUUUGGUUGAGAGAGUGAAACUUGGGGUAUUGGUUUGCUGCAGGUGUCUCUGAGAACAUCAAUUACAGCACAGGCUGUGCUGAAGAUUUUGGAGACUCUUUUUCAUCCCUGAGUAGCUGCUUCAGUAGAGGUCAGUUACUUUGGCCAGUGUUCAUCUGUGUUUAAACAGUUAUUCUGCACCACUUAUUUUCUGGUAAAAAUUUAAUAAAAAAAUCUCUUUUCUAACUGAAAGGAUGUCUAAAGGGAGGGAAGGAAGGGCAUGUUGUAUUUCACAGUAAUAAUAACUUUUCAUAUAAAAAUUACCAGCAUAUCUGGAUGCUACCUCCCAUCUGAUGAAAGUUGCCUCCUUUACUCCCAGGUGCUUUUUGCAAUACUUGUAAGAGGAAAAAAAAAUCAGUUUUUCACCAAAUUACAGAAACAAAAUUUGCUUGUCAUCACUUGGUAAUUGUGACAUGAAAAUGUUUUACGUGUGUCUGUAUGUAUAAGAUGUUUAUUAAGCUUUUACCUUGUCUGCAGUUUUGAUAAUUUUUUUGAGUAGUCUGACAAAUUGUAGUGUCCAGAAACAUGCAGUUUAUGAUACUGGGAAUCUUUAAAUCUUCAAUUUUAUGUGAAUGUCCAGUGUUAAUCUAGUACGAAAUGCCUUACUUUUUCUCAGGUUGGUAGUUACUGUGUUGUUUGUUAAGAUAGAUGAUAACACUUUUCAAAUAACUUCUGUUAAUAUGAGCAGUUGCUGAUAAUUGUGAAUGCUGUUUAGUUGUAUUGAAAACCUUAGCAGUAUCUGAAACUGUAAAAUUUAUUUUAAGAACUUUAGUCUAAAAUACUGUGUAGGAACCAUUGUACUAUGUAGCAGUUGGUGCAGGGUAUGGUGAACACAGAUGCUGCUUCCAAUUUAUAUUCAAAUCUAGACAAAUCUCUGUUUGUUUUGGAGUUACAUAGUGCUAGGAGUGCAGUAAGUAGUUUUAAUAAAAGUGUGCUGUCCCCUGGUGUGAGGAAAGACAACAGCAAAGGGCUGGUGCAAACUGUCCCAAUGCUACAGCUCAGUCCCUGGAGCAGCAGAACAAACCUGUGGUUUAAUUUAGGGAAUGGAAAUGUGGAACUCAGUGGGGUUUUUGUUGUUUGGUUUUUUGGUUUUGGUGGGUUUUUUUUGUUUUGUUUUGUUUUUUUUUUUUUCCUGCUCCUGGAUGUGUGUCUUUCUGUAGAAAUACAGCUAAUGUCUUGUAGAGGCUUUCUGGUGGGAGACAGGCUAGGAAGGGCUGCCCAGAGAGGUAGUGGAGUUCCCCUCUUUAAGGCAUUUAAAAGCCAUCUACAUGUAAUCGUGGACAAUUGGCUCUGGGUGGCUCUGCCUGAGCAGGUGAUUGUCUUCCAGAACUCCUGAAGCAGUUCUGCAAUUUGGACGACAUUUUUCAAUAAUGGAUUGAAAUUCAUGGACAGAUGCAUGUAUUUAAGGCCAGAUCAGCAAAGAUAUUCAUGUGACCCAGUUCUUUGUAGCUUCAGUAAAGUCAGACAAGCAAGUAUCUGUGCCUGAACCAUGGUGGUUAGAGAUGAGUGAUUUAGACCUUGGAGCCACCUAAUCCAGUUGUGAGAAAGAAGAACAUUAUCCUGUAUGAAGAAAGCAUUUUGGGAAAUAUUAAUGCUUACUCAAGCUUGGAGGAGUUUUUACCUGCAUUACAUUAUAAUUCUGAUGAUUUAUUUGAAAAGAAUACUUACAAAGGGAAAACAAAAAUACUGAAGGAAUUGUAAGCCUCUAUAUCAGAUGAGACUAUGAAGGCUAAAUCUGAUAGAACACAGUUGUUUAAAAGUAUAGUAAGAGCCUGAUUUAGGGGAAUAAAUUAACUGCAGUAAUUUUUUGAAAGACUUUGUAAAUGUAAGUUUCUUCAAGUUGUAAGUAAGAACAAGAAGGUAUUUUCAGUUGGGACUAGACAGUUUUGUAAAAAUAAUUAGUCACUGCCUCUAAUAGAAAUAAACACUUCAAUGACUCCUGA